GGCGGCGGUGGCAAUGGCGGCAAUGGCGGUGACGCGGGAGUCAGGCGUCCCUCUGGUGGUCCCUCGGGGUCACGACCGGCACCCUCGGGAGCUGGGUAGUACUUGGGAAGCCCUGCUUGGCUUCAUGGCACAGCAGCAUGUACCUCCGUGGUGAAAUGAACGACUGGAGUCUGGUGGAGGGUGCCAUGGAAAAAGUGGGGCAUUUCACCUGGGCCUCCAAUGUGUCGCUCUCCAAAUAUACGAAGGCCAAAUUCGCGCCCUACGUAGGCAGUUGGAAGAAGUCCUAUGGCACACAUCCGAAGCGUGAGUUGCUGUACAACCUCCCCAGCUUUGACAGUCGCAGCACGACCUUCGAUGUGGAGCCUUAUCUGUCCGGUUCCGAGGCCUCGCGGCAGUGGAUGCUGUCGCGGGGCCGCUGGACGGAGAACGAGGCCGUGGCCAGCGGCGCGGGCUUCGCGCAGGAGCUGUGGCUGAACCAUUUCUGCACCACCGCGGCACCUCGCUGCAUUCCGGACGCGGAUGCGGAGUGGGAAUGCCAUGGCUUCCGCACUGGCGAGGAUCAGGCGUGGUGUCGAACUGUCGGAGUGGACGGAUGCACGGAGUACAAGGAGAACGACCAGUCCAGCGAGAUGAGCAGCUGCGGCAGCUGCAGCUGCUGCCGCCGCAAGGUGAACUUCGUGGAGAGUGGCAGCAACCGAACCUGCUGCGUGUUGUUCAACGACCUCUUCCUGAACUACACCGUAACGUCGGACCUGAGCCGCUGCGCCCCUGAGCACGUGCACGUGGAAGGCACCACCACCACGACCACUGCACCGUUGCGAACCUGCAGUCCACGUCCGAUGACCUUGGAGGAGAGCUUACCCCAUGGCUGGUAG